UCAUGAGGUGCGAAAGGGCGGAUGGAGGCGAGUCGAAUGAGAUAUAAAGGCACGAAGAGGAAAAAAAGAAGCGUAAAGACGGGAAAGGAGGGAAGAAAGAAGGAGACAGAGGAGAGAGAGGGAGAGGGAGAGAGAGAAAGAGAGAAGGAGUCUCGUCUCUUCUCCUCUCCUCUCCUCAUCCCGCGCGCGCGCUCGCGUGUGUAUGGAUGACCACCUGAGUCUCCUCCGCUCUCCUCCACCUUCCUCCUCCAAACACCGGGGCGACGGCACCCAGGUGAACCGCGGCUACACCGACACGGAGCGCGAGGACACCAUGACGGUGGUGGCGUGCGGCGAGAGCAACGUGGAGGAGCCUGCGCUCGAGCGCUACGAGCCCCAGCACGAGUGCCGUGAACGGGUGGUGAUCAACAUCUCCGGUCUGCGCUUUGAGACGCAGCUCAAGACACUCUCGCAGUUUCCACAAACUUUACUCGGCGACCCGAAGAAGCGGAUGCGUUACUUCGAUCCUCUCAGGAACGAGUACUUUUUCGACCGUAACCGACCGAGUUUUGACGCCAUCCUGUAUUACUAUCAAUCCGGUGGGCGCAUCCGGAGACCCGUGAACGUUCCCAUUGACAUUUUCUCCGAGGAGAUCCGCUUUUACGAGCUGGGCGAAGAAGCCAUGGAGAAAUUCCGUGAGGAUGAAGGAUUUAUUAAAGAAGAAGAGCGUCCUUUACCGUCACGCGAGUUUCAGAGGCAGGUUUGGCUCCUGUUUGAAUAUCCUGAAAGUUCAGGUCCGGCGCGUGCCAUUGCCAUCGUCUCCGUGCUUGUGAUUUUGAUCUCCAUCGUUAUCUUCUGUUUGGAAACGCUCCCUGAGUUCAGAGAGGAUGAUGACAGAGAGUCAGCGGUCACCGCCACUAUGUUGAACUCCACCUCUACGGCGUUUUCGAGCCCUUUCUCGGACCCUUUCUUUGUCGUGGAGACGCUUUGCAUCAUCUGGUUCUCGUUUGAGCUCCUGGUGAGAUUCUUCGCGUGUCCGAGCAAAGCUACUUUCUCUAAGAACAUCAUGAACAUCAUUGACAUCGUGGCAAUCAUUCCUUACUUCAUCACGUUAGGGACGGAGCUAGCGGAACGCCAAGGAAACGGUCAGCAGGCCAUGAGUUUAGCCAUUCUCCGAGUGAUCAGAUUGGUGCGCGUCUUCAGGAUCUUCAAACUCUCACGCCACUCCAAGGGCCUUCAGAUUCUGGGACAGACCCUCAAGGCCAGUAUGCGGGAACUAGGCUUGCUCAUCUUCUUUCUCUUCAUUGGAGUUAUCCUGUUCUCCAGUGCUGUCUAUUUCGCCGAAGCCGACGACCCAGACUCAGGCUUCAACAGCAUCCCGGAUGCCUUCUGGUGGGCUGUAGUGACCAUGACCACAGUGGGAUACGGAGACAUGCACCCUGUGACAAUCGGUGGCAAAAUCGUCGGGUCGUUGUGUGCCAUCGCAGGCGUCUUGACCAUUGCUCUUCCUGUCCCGGUCAUUGUCUCAAACUUCAACUACUUCUACCACCGAGAGACGGAAGGAGAGGAGCAGGCACAAUACCUCCACAUCACAAGCUGCCAGCCGCUCUCGUCCUCGUCUGAGGAGUUGAAGAAGACGCGCUGCUCGUCCUCGUCCUCUCUCAGCCGAUCCGAGUACAUGGUGAUCGAAGAAGGAGCCUUCACCCAGCCCAACUUCCCAUCUCAGAACAACCAGAACUGCGUCCAAAUCAAAAAGAUCUUUACAGACGUUUAAGAAUCAUUUUCAUAACUAUUUAACAGACUGUAAUAAGAAUAAUCAUCCUCCUUGAGCCAUGUGUGAAGGUUAGACAUGACUGUGACCUCCAUUUUACUCCUGACAGGUGAGGAGAAACAUCAGAGCCCCCAUGUGUCCAUCCGUUCAUCCAUCGUACUGUGUGCUCUCAGUGUUAACUCAAUAGGAGACAAACGCUAAUUACCUUCACUUAAUGAUUAGUAUUAAGCAGAAGUGAUAUAAGCUAGUGUACUUGUGUGUUUUUCUGCAUAAACACUCAACAGACAGUGAGCGAGAGAGAGAGAGAGAGAGAGAGAGAGAGAGAGAGAUUCAGUCUAGAAUUUAUCUUAAAGUUUCAUUAUAAUAAUGGAUUUGAAUAAUUUGGGUUAUUUUUCUGUCUUGUGUGUCAUCAGUAUUUUACAUCAGAGUAAUAAUGAAAACUGUUAUGCAUGUGCGCGCGCACACACACACACACACACACACACACACACGUGCGCGCGCGCACGUAGGCGCGCACGCUUAAAUAUUUUGAGUGCCAAAGGACAAGGGAAAGGGAUAAAGGAUAGAGAGGGAGGUACAGUAUAGAGCAGCAUCCUGCUCGCUCCUGGAAUCCUGAGGUCUCCAUAGUGACGCCGGUUUCCCCAGUAACCUGCUGCUGUUGCCAUGGCAUCCUGAUCAGUUUCAAGGGCGAGACUCCAGAUGGCUGUGCCAUGAAUGAAUAAACAAGCCAGGAUGCACAAUGGAGUAAACAAACAUGCAACAGGCGUCCACACACUCCGGGAUGUGAGCGAGGACGUCUUACUGUGUGAAAGAGGAGCCACUUCAUGAAGCGAAGGUAGAGCGGAGUUAUGAAUGAAUGCUGACACACUCUUCUCACCCCAUGGAGUGUGAACACACAGUGCUAAGGAACAACCAGGAAAGUGAAGAAGACUUCAUAAGCCACACAGAGGGAUUUGUGGAUGCUCGCUUGAUCUUUUAGCCCCACUGGAGGAGGAGGUGCCUUCAAAUCUGCCCUAAGCUCUGGACAUUUUCUUCAGAAUUUUGCCCUUGACUUUUACUUCAGACUUUUGACUUAGACUUUUACCCUGAUCUUUUGUUACCAGUUGGUUAUUAAUAGAUUUUUAGCCCUUCGCAUAGCUUUAUGCCCUUCUGCAUUUGCCCUAGAUUUUACACUAUACUUUUGGCCAAGCCUAAUCCAUAUAGUUUAACCCUGGACGUUAUGUUUUUCUUCCAGAUUUUUAAAUGUUUGCUCUUGCAUUUUUGACCUGAGUUUGUGCCCUAGGCUUUUGCCCAAGGGCAUUUAUCAUAGAUUUUUACUUAGAUUACCCCUAGCCAUUGAUUUGUUCCGUAGCUGUUGUUUCGGCUUAAGAUUUAUCCCGUUCUUUUUCCUUUAGGCAUUUGCCCUGGCCCUUCGCCCUUGGAAGGUUGCUUUAGACUUUUGUCCUAGAUGCUGAUCCCAGACGCUGACUUUGGUCCUUGGAUGAUCGCUGUAGCCUUUUGUGCUAGACUUAUGCCCUUAAAUUUUUACUCUUACUGCACUACUUGACUUUCUUCAUCCUGUCAUUCUCUUCUCUCCUUUGUUCUCUCCAUUUCAGACUGUUACGUUAAGUGUGUGUGUCUGUGUGUGUUCUUCCUGCUGCUAUACAUGUAAAGCCUCACAAAAGUGCCCCUUCUUGCCCUCCUCCCUGUUUGUAUGCUGUGGGAGGAGGGCGAAUGCUAGUUAUGCUAAUUCCAUCCCUUCUCAUGUAUUGUCAGGAUGUGAUGUCAUCAGUGACGUGGCUGUAUAAACUGGAUAGAUGUAAACACAGCUGGUUUCUGUGUGCGCUUGUCUUCGUAUGGUUCGAACAAGGACUGUA